AUGUAAUAAGUGGCUUCAGAAAUACAAACAAGAUUUGAUGAAUUAAUAAAACCUAUUUUAGAGAAAAUUAAAUUAUUAAAAGAAAGAGAUUAAUAAAAUGAAGAACAAAUAAAAAAUCUAUUUGAUCAAAUGAGUGAAUUAAAACAAUUAAUAGGAAAUCUGAAACCUUUAAAAAUAGAAGAAGAUAAGAGUAACAUUAAAUAUUAUUUUAUAGAAAUUGUCUAAUAAGAGAUUAAAAAAGAGAAUCAUUAAAAAAGAGAAUCAUUAAAAAAAUGGUAUUUUGAAAUUAAUAAAUUCUCACAAUAUGUUUAGAUGUAAAAAAGAUUGAGCGUUCAUCUACUGCUACAGUAAUAAAAAAUCCAGUUUCUACAAAAGUUAAGGAUCCUAAACUUAUUAAUGUUCCAAAACCUUUAAGUCAAAGUACAAUAGUUGAAAAGACGACAACACCUUUAGAGGAUGAAAAAAGUAAUUAUAAACUUUUAUAUUCUUUAUUUUAGACCUAAAUCUCCAAAAGAGACUAAUCAAAAUAAAACUAAAUAAUAAUAAAAACCAUAAUAACCAUAAUCAAAACCAAAAUCUGCAGCUUAAACAUUAUAACAAUAAUAAUAAGUCAAAGAAAUUUAAGAAACUUAACAAUAACAAAUCAAAUGAUAGACAAAUUCAUAAAAAGAGGAAAAAAUUGUUAAAAAAUAGCCAACUAAAUAAAAAAUUACUACAAAUAAUUAAAAAAUGUUUAAAUUGAAAAAAAAGAAGAUAAAAAAAAUUCUAAAAAAAUAGAUAAUAAAAUAUCAUAAAAAUAAAACACAAAAUAGAUUGAUCCUAAAAUUGCUGAUAAAAAAGCAGAAGAUAAAAAAGAUAGUGAAAAAAGGAAAAUAAUCUGAAGUAACUUAACAUAAAAAUGAAUAAUAAGCUGUUGAAUAAAUUUAAUAAUUAUAAUAAAAUCAAAACAAGACUUAAAAUAACUGUGAAUAAAAAUAAUAAUAAUAAUAAUAAUAAGUUGUUGAAACUCUUACUGAUGUCCCUGAACUUUAGAAUAAUGGAACUUAAGAAGCACCAAUAAACCAAGAAAUAUAAGUUUAAGAAUAAGUGACAUAAAACUAAUACGAAAUUAACAACUUUUAGCCAGAAAAGCUUGAAAAUCAAGAAACUUAAGUAGUUUGA